CGGCCACGCUAAGCACGCGGGGGGCGGUGGCCCCUUCCCGCUCCCCGCGCCCGGCAGAGGCCCCGCCCCGUGCCGGCCCGGACGGCGGCGCAUGCGCGGUGCGGCGCGCGGUGCCUUCCUUCCGGCCGCCAUCUCGCUCCCGUCCGCGUGCUGCGCCCGGUCCCGCCCGCCGCCUUCGUCUUGUGGCCCCGGCCUCGGCGCCGCCGCGUCCUCCCGGGAAGAUGAAAGAAACAAUCAUGAACCAAGAAAAGCUUGCCAAGCUGCAGGCCCAAGUGCGCAUUGGUGGCAAGGGUACUGCCCGCAGAAAGAAGAAGGUUGUUCACCGAACAGCUACAGCAGAUGACAAGAAACUUCAGUUUUCUUUGAAGAAACUGGGAGUCAACAAUAUUUCUGGAAUUGAAGAGGUAAACAUGUUUACCAACCAAGGAACAGUCAUUCACUUCAAUAACCCUAAAGUUCAGGCAUCUCUGGCUGCUAACACUUUCACUAUCACCGGCCAUGCUGAGACAAAGCAGCUGACAGAAAUGCUUCCUAGCAUCUUAAACCAGCUUGGAGCUGACAGUCUGACCAGCCUGAGGAGAUUGGCAGAAGCCCUACCCAAGCAACCUGUGGAUGGAAAAGCACCACUUGCUACUGGUGAAGAUGAUGAUGAUGAAGUUCCAGAUCUUGUUGAAAACUUCGAUGAAGCUUCAAAGAAUGAGGCAAACUGAACAAAGUGUCACUUUCUGAAUAAAGUUAAAACUUGAAAAAGCUACAUGGAGCUGCUAUUUUAUAUUGUGACUGCUCUGAUUUGAUUUUUAUUUCCUGAUGAGAUCUCAAGAUCUGUGAGACUUGGAAAUUCCUUGAACCUGCAGCUCUUUAGUUACUGCUUGUACACAAUAUUAUUUUUGUGGCCUGAUUGAACAAACCUAUGCUUUGAAAUGAGUGAGAUUGCUAACAGAUCUCUGCCUAGACACAGUUUUUGAGUAACUUGUACACAAGCAAACCCCUAUCUUUAAUGAACUUUGGCAUACAAUAAAAAUAUAGAAGAAACUUUCUGGUGUGGCUUCUUGUCAUAAAAGCAUGAAAAAAUGGCCAUAAAUAUUAAAUCAUAAAAGGUCUUGUUUUCUGUAGAACAUCCUCCUUUUGCAGAAAACUGUCUUCUAAAAAAACCCAACUUUCUGUGCAUAAUUGAGCAUUUUAGACUUAAUUGGUGAAUUCCCAGUGUUUGCAGGUCAGAGCUACAUAUUAAGAAAUAGAUCGGUAUUCUAGAAAUAAUUAUUGGUGGUUUAAUACAACAUAAACCAUGCAAGUUGAGACAGAACUUUGCUUGGCCUUGAAGAACAGUGUCAAGCUGUUGGCAUCUUAGAGGACUUUUUCUGUCUUCAGGGAAUGUUAAGUAGGUAUUUCGAGGAUGUAACUAUUUAGUGACUUAAAUAAUACUUUCCUGGUAUUUUAAUUUUACUUAUCUGAAAAUGUCAAUUAUGUGGGGGAACAAAGUGUAGAAGGGGAAGAAGCCUUACUAGAAUUGAUAAUGGCUCUUAAUUUCUGUAGUUUGCAUCUUCAGAUCCAUUAACUAAUAAUUAUGUUUGGAUGUUUCAGCAAUAUGUUCUUUCUAUUGCUUUUGUGUGUUCCAGAGAAAGAGAAGGAACACUUUUCAAAUUCCAGUCUGACCUUUGCAUAGCUGGAGCUUCCAAGGGUGAGGGCUAAACUUCAUGUUUGGGAGCCUUUGGUGUUAGUGAUAAAUCAGAUUGCUUCCAUAACAGAAGCUAAGCUAGGAGAGAAGAAUAUUCACCACCAGCCUUCUAAGGUGGUCUGUAGAGCAAAUACUUCUGGAAGUGGAGAUUCAUCCUGACUUGUGCAGGAUAAAAUUCAGGGUAAAACUUAGCUAUCACCAUAACAAAGUUCUUGUGCUGGGGAAAAGGUGGGGCUGUGCCUGACUUGCCAAGCGUGUUUGUCAUGGUGUAAGUUAUUGCUGUUGGGAAACAGUGGAGAAACUUGCUCAACCCAUGCAAGUCCUGUGGUUUGAGGUAAGACAGCAGUCUGAUGUGAGCAUGAUGUGGCUGAAGUCAGGUACAAGAACUUGCAGUAACGAGUCCAGUUUACUUUAUCUCAGUUUGCAAGUAUUCUAUCAGUAAAUUACACUUUUAGCAUUGAAUUAAUUAAAAUAAAAAAGUGCAGUCAUUGAACUGUGGCAAUAAGGCAGAAAAACUAAACUGUGCAAACUUGAGUUUUGAAAUGAGGGUGGUGACUUUAAGCUAAUAGCCCUAUAAAAGGUAAAGACCAAAUCCUGCAGAGCUGUUUCCCACACUUCCUGUUAGCUGUCGAGUCAAUAAACGCAUGCUGAUUUUUUUUUUUUUUUUUGAGAAAUCAAUAAAUGUGUGUUGCCCACUCUGUGACUCAAAUAUUUAAGUCCUCAGAAAUACUUCGUUAAGCCACUGUGGACUUCCUUAUGAAAUAUUUCAUACCAGUUUCUGUCUUAUGAAGUGACUUAGUGUCCUGCUUAGAUGGUCUAGACAAUGUUGGCCUCUUCCCAACUAACAGACAUGCUUGGUGCUUAAAAAUAAGAUCCUUGCUAAAACAGUGUCUUUGAAAUGCAAAAUAAUGCUAAUCCAGUGAUAAGCAGCCAUGUGAUGCAUCUGGAAGUCUACGUGCUAUGUUCACUCCCAGUCAGGAAAUACUGGGACAUCUCUGCAUCCCCAAACUCUGAUUGAGGAUCAAGAUCAAAAUGUGUUAUUGAUUAUAGCACAUUCUAAAUGGAUGUAGUUGUCUUGUUGGAAGUUUAUAGUAGUCUUUGCAUCUAACACUUAAAUGCUCAAACCUGAACUCAAUGCUGUAAUUAUUUUCUCUUAGUAAGGAGUUUGGUUGUGGUCGUCUUAGUCUGUCAUUAACUGCUAGAAACUGAAAAUAGUUGUGUUGAUGUUUCUCAUUAGCAUGAACUUCUGUGUAACCAGACUGUAAUUAUGCCGUUACGGAUUCACAUCUGUAGUCUUGCUCAAGGAAAAUGGCUUCGUAUCUCCAUUCCAAAUAUCUUCAACAAUGGAGAAACAAAAACAGAUGCCUGCAUUUCUAUUGAAACAAAGGUUUGUUUGAGCUUUUUAUUUUUAAAAAGCUAAGGGAAUGUUCUGGUUCUGUCACAUCAAGUUUUGUAACAGCUUGACUCCAAUGCGGUAGCGGGUACUAGAGAGAUUAUUUUAAUAAUUUUUGCAAAAGAUUUUUAGAUAUAUCUUCAUAAUUGUUAAUCUCAUG